CUCGCCUUUGCAAACUCUUACGAGUCGUACGCCUCCCCGACGUCCCCGCGCCAGCGAAGGCAGACCGUUUCUCAAUCUCAACCUCAUACCACGCACACUCCGCGAGCCGGCAGUGAAUCACCAAUGGGUCAACAUGUUAGCCAUAACCAAUCACCACUACCCAGGCUUAAGAUCAACGGUUCGGCAGAAGUUGGACUACCUUCGGCGAACGAGGACAGCGUACCACGAAUAUGGGGUGUUCCGUUGAAGUACAUUUCUCUUGUAACGCUGGCAGUACAAAAUGCUUCAUUAACGAUCAUCAUGCACUAUUCUCGUAUUACUACUACACCAUCUCGCACUUAUUCUGCCGCUUCUGCUGUGUUGUUAAAUGAGCUUCUCAAGGGAUUCAUAUCUCUCGCUAUUGCGUUCUCUCGAAUAGACGAUAAUGGACCACAUCACUCUCCCCAACGAAGGGAGCCAUUACAUUGGAUGCACCCGAAUGUUUUCGUUUCACGGUGUAGAAGAUUGGGCAAGGAAAUUUUUAGCCCAGACUGUUGGAAACUAUCUAUACCCGCUAUAUUAUAUGUAAUACAAAAUAAUCUACAAUUUGUGGCAGCGUCAAACCUCGAAGCUGCCACUUUCCAAGUAUCCUACCAGAUGAAGAUUCUCACGACUGCUGCUUUCUCUGUCGCAUUAUUACGCAAACGGUUAAAUCCAACGAAAUGGACUGCAUUAACGGCACUCGCAUUAGGUGUUGGGAUUGUUCAGAUUCAAUCUGGUGCUGGGAAAGCGCACGCAGAUAAUGCUUUACACGUUAUGCACCCUAUGAUUGGUUUUGCUGCUGUGACUGCUGCGUGCUUCACUUCGGGUCUUGCGGGUGUGUACUUUGAGAUGGUGCUCAAAGGCUCGCAGGCGGAUCUCUGGGUUCGGAAUGUCCAGUUAUCGCUAUUCUCCCUCCUGCCUGCUCUUCUCCCAAUCCUAGCGACGUCGUCCAGUCAAGGUGGUCUCAGCCUCUCCUCAAUCUUUGCCAACUUCGGCGGUUGGGCAUGGGCAACAGUCCUAACCCAAGUCUUUGGCGGCCUAAUCACAGCACUCGUCAUCAAAUACUCCGACAACAUCCUCAAAGCAUUCGCUACCUCCAUCAGUAUCGUCCUUUCCUUCGUCGCUUCCGUCAUGCUUUUUAAUUUCCAGAUUACGCCGAGUUUUGUUGUGGGGGCAUCGACGGUGUUGGCUGCGACGUGGUUGUAUAAUCAACCGGAGGAUAAGAUUGGGGCGAGUGGGAUGGUGGGUGCUGGGAUGAGCCAGUUACCGAAACUUGUUAUGGGGGUGAUGACUCCAAGGAAAUCGUCGUAUCCUGGUACACCUAUCGAACCCGUCGCAUCCGAUGCUCCUAUCCUGGGCGAGACGGAUGAGAAACGACGUAGUUCAACACCUGGGUUGAGCACUGGUGGAGUGAGUCCGCACAUCCUCUCUGCUGCACUUAAACUCGUCACUCCACGUACGAGUCUCGAAAACCUUGCGGGACAUAACGAGACGCUAGAUGAUGUCUUUACCGGUGGUCCUGGGUUAGGAUUGGGAUUGGGGAGUAGAACGGGCAGCGCGGCGUCACUUUCGGAAUACCAGUCGAGAUACGUCUCGCGCUCACUUUCGCAUUCGCCUGUACCUGUUUCGCCUAACACGACUACGGGCGGUGGGAGUCGUUUGCAGUCUACAUCGUCGUUAUCUGUUCCGGCGUCACGUCCCCUGAGCUCGAAUGGGCAGUUACAUCCCAAUGGAUACAAGAUGGAGGACAGCCAAUUUUCUUUAGUCAACCUUGAUGAUAGUCCAGGUCGUCUUUCGCGGUGAUUCAAACACGGACAAAAACGCGACUUAAUUUCCUGUCCCUUUCCUGGACUUGUUUUCUUUGAUAGCAACACAGACUGCCAUCUGUUGUCUUCUGACACUCUUCUUGUCUACGUCUACACCCUAGACAUCAUACCUCAUACCUCAUAUUCCAUACCUCACUCCACAGACUUCGUGUU